AUGAGCACCCAGGUCCCAUACAGGCUACAGAAACUUGCGAUUCAGAGUCUGCUGACAGACAAGGCCUUGGCCAUAUGGGCCAUGGAGGAUUUGCCAGGGGAGCUCUUCCCAUCAGUGUUCAUGGAGGCCUUCACCAGGGGACAUGCUGAACUCCUCAAGGCCAUGGUGCUGUCCUGGCCCUUUCCCUACCUGCCCCUGGGAGCCCUGAUAAGCAUCUGGAAAUCAAGGAAGUUAAACAAUCAGGUGGAUGUUGACCAGGUGCAGAAAAGGAUGUUACAAGCUAUUCUGGGUGGGCUCGAUAUGUUGCUGAGCCAGAAGCUUGGUUCCAGCAGGCUGAAAUUGCAAGUGCUGGAUAUGCGGGACGUGCACCAGGACUUCUGGAAAGUCUGGGCUGAAAACCAGUUAGAAGCGUGCUCCUCAGAAGUCAGGAGGAAGACAAAAACAGAGAAGACUCUGCCAAGAGUAGCAAAAAAGCAGCCUCUCAAAGUGAUGUUAGAUCUGUGGCUCAGUGAGUUUGGCAUGGAUCCAUUCCUAAUCUUCCUCCUCCAGUGGGUCCAGAAGAGAGAAGGUCUGGUGCAGCUGGAAUGUACAAGCCUGAGGAUCACAAGCAGGUGCUUUCAAAAGAUCACUCAGGUCUUGGACAGCCUCAACCUUGAUUCGGUGCAGCAUGUGGAUGUGGGUCGGUGGGAACUCUCCACCCUGGCUCAUUUUGCCCCUUACCUAGGCCAGAUGCAAAAUCUCCACACACUAAUGCUCUCUGACAUCUCUAUGCCUGACAUCAUUUCCCCAGAGAAGACAGAACAGAUGAUCUCCCAAAUCACUUCUCAGCUUAUGAAGCUUCACUGUCUGCAGGAGGUUUAUGUGGACUCUCUCUUCUUCCUGGAAGGCCACCUGGACCAGGUGCUCAGGUGUCUGAUAACCCCCUUGGAGACGCUCCGGUUAAGUUACUGCCGACUUUCAGACUCCGACUGGAACCAGCUGCCACACUGUCCAAGCAUCAGACACCUGAAACACUUGGCUCUGUAUGGUUUGGACCUGACUCAUAAGCUUGAUUCCCUCAGAUUUCUCCUGGAAAACAUUUCAGCCACUCUGACCACCCUACACUUACAGGUCUGUGAAAUCAUGGAAGUUGAGUUCUUGGACUUUUUGCCUGCCUUAAGUCACUGCUCCCAGCUAACUACCUUCAGCUACGUGAGGAACUCCAUGUCUCUAGCCACCCUGGAGAGGCUGCUGUGCCACACUGCCCGGCUGAGCAACUUAACACUGGAGAUGUACUCACCUCCUGAAGUUUACAAUCCCUGGGAUUAUGUCCACCCACUAAGACUGAACCAUAUGUGGGAGGUGCUAAAGAGGGCCGUGAAGUCAUUUAACCAUCCCAGGGUGGUCUGGUUUUGUGCUGCUCACGGUGGCAUCUCUUCAAACUGGGACAUCUAUGAUGGGAGGAGCCUGAACGUGCCUCCUGCCACAGGGACUAGAAGUGGAACCAGGGCAUUUGCUAUAUGUCAAGGGUACAAAAAGGAAGGCAAGAAAACUAAAGGAGUUGCCGAUACACAGAAAGCAGAAGAGAAGCCCAGGUUGGAAGUUGAGUCUUUCCUCAGUUCAGGGUCUGCCUCCCUUUUCAUCCACAGCAGGUGGAAACUGCAGGUGCUGGAUCUGAGGGACAUGCACCAGGACUUCUGGAUUGUGGGGCUCAGAGCCAUGGCUCGUACCUGGACACCAGAUAAUGAACAUAGGGACCAGAAAGUGGAUGACCAUAUGGUGAAGGUGAUGACAGAGCUUUUCAGCAAGAGAAGAGCACUCAGUGGACUCCAAACCUGUCUUUUGAGUGGGUCCGGCAGAGAGACAUUUGGUCCACCUGUCUAUAAGAAGAUGGAGGUUUAUGAGAUGCCUUUUGAUACCUUCCUGGAAGCCUUCAAGAUGUUUGAGCUGAACUGUGUUCAGCAAGUAGAAGUGUGUCACUUCUUGGGUGUUAGAGACCUGGCAUGA